GUGGAUGAUAAUUCCUUAAGGUUUCCACGCGAAUUACGCGAACGCGCAAUAGGUAAAGCGCGAAACGCGCGAUAUAACGGAAUGGUGCAUUACGUAAGUCGCUCGCAACUUGUUAAUAAAAUUAUGAUAUCAUCUUAUAAUUAUCUAAUCGCGUACUCUUGAUCGAGCCGAGUGGCAUUAUGGCUCGCUUGGCCGUGCUCCAGAUUUCAGAAACUCUGACGGUCUUGAUUCUUUCCGCUUGCGCAAUAACGAAGCGAUUGAUAAAAGCCUAUAACAUCCUGCACAUUGUUCGAGAAGCAACUCAAUGAACUCAAUUGUGUGCGGCAAUUUGUUGGAUGGGGACGUGUCGAAAAGGGAACUCGUUCCGGCUUCCGACGUCAUACUUCAAGUCUCUUUUGUUUUUCUCAUUUCUUUCAUCCCCCCCCCCUCCCGAUAACUUUUAUGUAGCUACGAGCCGCAUCACUGACAUUGUCGACGUUAAAAAGUUGUCCACUUCCUACAUUCCCGCUCCUUUCCGCAUUUCAAUUCAAAGUUCCAAGUGAAAAAGCCUAACUUGUCGCCUUUGAUCGUUUUAUUUCGAACACUUAAUCCCCGACAUUUAUUGAGAUGUCAGUCACGAUGACUCCCGACUCACCUCUGAUGAACGUGGUAUCAGGGAUCGAGGAGCGACAAUGCGACCUGAUCGGACGCCAAAGAAAUCUGCGGGACAAGAUUGCUACGAUGGAACGCUCGAUCCCAGCUUUGAUGGCGUAUAACAUGUGGAUGACCGAGCGAGAUUGUCCCGAUACACCAUAUUCCAAAGUACGAGAGAUUAUGAAACAAUUUUCGCCGCACCCAGAUCCCGCAGACAGACUCGUCGCCGAACUGAGGAACACGGUCGACGACCUCCGUCGGGAGACGGCACAGUUGCAUGACAAGAUCGUAGACGCAGACGUGAAAUUGGAGGAGGCUGACAUGGAACUGGAGUCUUUGGAGCUAGCUAAUAAGGAGAUGGAAGAGAGAUUGAUAAAACUGCGAAAAGAUGUGCAGAGGCACAGCACACCGAGUCUGCGUUCCAUCCAUUCGGAAGAUCUAAUAUGCCUGAAAAAGAUUCGUCAACUCGCUGAAGAAGAAUUGAAGCUGAACAACUGCGUCAAACAGUUGGAAAGUAAAGAAAUCAUGUACAGGCGACAAAUGAACAAAUUACUCUCCUGUAAGGAAUAUCAAUGUACUAACGGAGAGAUGAAGUACCCGCAGAAAAUGGAUAGAGGUGGCAAGAAACCGUUCUGUCCACUGAAUCGCAAAUGCGACUUAUUUGCGGAAAUACGAGAGAAAUAUCCUGAUAAAGAUAAGGGACGAGUGAGUAGAAAGAACAGAUGCACGGUAGUAGUCUUUGCGUUUCUUCGAUUCUAUGCUAUGUUUCUUGUAAUUUCAAAGACUCGUUGUUUGCGCGCAACGCCGACAAUUAAUUACGAGGAAACAUCGAAGAAAUUGGCGGCGUGCGAGGAAUUGCGUCCGCUGCAUUCCUGCUGCGUCUCGCUGGAUAGUCGCACGCCAUGCGCAACCACGAAGAAACGAUACGAUUGUCGAUUGUGUUGUGGUGCCUGCCGAGAGAUCGCCGCUGCUACGUCUCGACCCAAGUCUCCUUGUUUCACGGGUGCUCCUUGCGAAUCUUUGCUCAGCAUUGCUUCGGAGACAGGUUUAACACGGUCGGUCAAGUUAACACAGCCUCCAGUACCAUGUGACUUUGGUAAAACGUGCCAAGAGUGCGAGACUCCUGCCGCAUGCAAACAGAUUGACAGAUGCGACUGCAAUAAAAAUUGCAUAUGCGCCUGCGAAUUAUCUUGGCAACGUGACCGCAACGUUCCAUCAUUGAGUCCCUCGAAAAAGACGCAUCUUCGCAAAGAGGCAGCUUCGAAAUUGCAAUUGGCACCGGAAGCGGAUGACAGCAACAGCGACGACGAGUUUUGUGAGUGUUGUCCCUGCGACUAUGGCGAUACCGCGAAUUUAUCGUAGAAAUAUAAUCAGUUCCUAAAUCACUUGGAUUACACGUUAUUUAAAUUCAAAAUUCUUUAAAUGUUAUAAAAACUUUUUUAUUUUAAUAUACAUUUGGAAACUUUGAUAUAUAAAAAGUGCCGCCGGCACUUAAACAAAUUAUUUUAUUCGCUUAUCUUUAUACACACGGUGCAAACGCAAAGCAAACUGAUAGAAAUAAUAGCUUGAUAAUAUUGUUUUUUGGUGGAAGAAAUUUAAUAAAAACACGAAAAUAUGUGU